GUCGGGCUAUCACCACCACCACCACCACCACACUCACCACUAUCAUCCUUAUCUCUCGCUCACACAACAACCCUCCAGUUACUUCUGAUCAGGAGUCGCCAAUUGGUGGAGAAAAUAAGUCCCGUUUUGGCGUCUUGGACGUUAUAGCGGACUUUGCGAGCCUGGUCAGUGUUGUUGUGUUGAGGAGUGCCAGCCUGGCCCCUCCCAGCCCUCUAUAGUGCCUUGUGUAGUGCCAACUUUUACAUCUUGGAAAAAUAAGCCACAAGAAAUAACUCACAGAAAACCUCUCCCGGACGACAGAAAGUUAUCAUCACAUCAGUGUGUUAACGUCAAGUUGUUCUGGUUUAUAACUAAAGGAAAAGAUUAAUCGAAAGUGUUUUUAAAAAGUGUCUUUUUCGUCUCUUGUGAUUCAUAUUCCAAGUGAAGUGUUGAGUAUCCUAGCACUUGAGGGAGUGUUAGGGGCAGUAAGUGAGUGUGAACCUGUAGGGUGUGUGUGACUGGUGACGGCUACCACAGCCACCACCACCACUACUACUGUACCCACGUGUCAACAACCACGGUGGAUCAUCAACAUGACAAGAGCUACGGUGAUACUAGCGUUGAUGGUGUUGCUGGCGAGCAGUCAGAGCCGCGCGUUGCCGCUGAGGGCUCAUGGCGGGGUCAUCUUCGGCAGCGACUUCCUCCGCAUCCUGGACCCCCGCGCACGACCCCCGGCCCACAACGACCCUUCUGACAUGCUACGAGCAGCAACGACCAGCAUCAGGACGCAGCAGCGACCACCAGGAGGCCGUCACGCCUUCAGGGACGAUACCGCCACCUUCCUCGAGACUCCCGACACCCGGGGGACGCACGAGGCCUCCAAGUUGAGUUCUCGUAACUUACGGAAACUCGACCCUGUCGUAUCUUCUUCCUCUUCUUCUUCUUCCUCACAAUUUACUUCCUCUUCCUCCUCGUCUUUCUCUUCCUCUUCUUCACCAUCAAAAGAGAAUGUAUCUCAACACAUAGAUUCAGUAACAGUUAAACCUCACGCCAGGAGGCUGCCCCAGACAGCAGCAGCUUCCAAUUAUCUUAUACCUGACGGGAAGUUCACCACGCCGAGGAGUAACAGUGUCAAGCCCACCAUCAGCCCAGCCAACACCCUCACCUCCUCCCACCGUGACAACAGCGACCCCCUCAGACCUGCUACUUCACCCGCCGCCACGAACCGACCUGAAAAUACCUUCAACUUACCCUACGAUGAUUACGACUACAACUACUACUAUUACCUGGACGACCUGUAUCCUCUCACCAGCUCAGGUCCAGAAGAGACUGUUAGAGCAACCAGCAACACGGAAGACACAACAAAACCGUCUGGUCUGAGGUUUACGGAAGCCAUCCCACGUGUUGGGUCAUCUACAAGAGUUACCCAAAGUGCGUCUACCGCGACCUCUGCGCUUUCUGCGUCUUCCUCACAGAGUCAUGGAGUGGAGGCAAGGCAGACGACCUCCGCCACACCAACACUCUCUCCCGCCAUCGCUAAGAUUGACUCAACAGCCACAAUCGCACCACAAAGAACGUCCGUCGUGUCCACCACAACUAAAAGACCUACAACGAAGAGGUCGACUUAUAGAUAUCGCAGCACGACAGAGACGACACCAGGAGACAAAACGUCACUAGACAACCCUUCAGCAACGACCUCCAGACCGACGGUAGACCCUGACAAUACAAGACGAACCACGGCGACAGAGAGACCUUCCGAGUCUCUCUCCACCAACCAGGAGGCGCCAAGGACCACCACCACUACUACGAAGAAACCCACAGAGUCGUAUCCAACACCAAAGCCGAGGACGUCAGUGACUGUUAAGACCUCAGCAAGAUCAUCACCACCUCUCACCACACAAACACCACCGACUGUCGACACCAAGACGACGGCUCCGGUCAUCACCAAGCCUUCAGCGGUCAUCACAAGUGAGUUGCCAGAGCCAGAGGAUCAGAGGCCUAAGGGUACAGGAGGUGGUUCGCCCCGACAUUUUCGUUACACUACACCAAUACCGAAGGAAGAUUCUGUAGUGAGUGUCGACAGGACCCAGGACCCGUCAGCCCAACAAGACAACACGCCGAAGAAGAGCCUCGGGAGCACCUCAUCCUCGUCAGUAGUGGUGGAGGUGCGUGUUGAGUCUCCCCACCGAGAGCCGCGCUUGAUGACGGCUGCUGAAGCUACUCCACUUGUCCAGACCGUCACGGGAGGACCCAGCAAGGCGACACCAGCGCCCACCAAAACAGUACACACUGUCCACCCAGACCAUCACACCUCCAGCUUCCUCCUCAGUGAUCCUCUGAUGGUGGAUGUUGUCGCUGAACCAACAACCAGCGACCAGAACCCUCAAGUACCUCUGCCCCGUCGUCCUCCACCUGUGGCCACAGCCGAGAAAACCACUACAACCACAACUCCUCCUCCAACUACUACUACAACCACUACUACCACUACUCCUACUACCACUACUACCACAGAGGCAGCCACUUCACCAUCACCACCACAACAACAAGCACAACUGGAUGAAGCAGAAAGACUUACAACAAAUAAAGUUGAUAAACUUGGGGCCAACAGAGGAGGGAACAGCGAGGUGCAGUUCGAGACUUCUGUGGUCGAGGUGUCUGGCUCGGUAGGUUCAGACUCACAGCUUGACACUAAAGACACAACACCAACAACUCGACUACGAGGUUCUCCUGCGAGUCUCUCUCGGGACAGAGGGACCCCACAGGCCCAGCUCACAGGUCCAGGGGAACAGUUCCAGACUCAGCGUGUGAGCACGUCAGUGUCGCGGACAGAGGCGCGCACUGCUGAACGAGUGUCCAGUAUUAAGAUCUACGAGCGUCUGCCACAACCAACCUCCUCCUCCACCACACCUCCCCCUUCCACCACACCUCCCUCCACCACACCUCCUCCCUCCAUCACCACGCAGGACAUCGUCGCCGUCAACGCCACCAGUAACAGCUCACGACUUAGAAUACGACUACCGUUCAUGAGGACCCCUAGAGCUCAGCAGGGUCUGGCGCCGCUGGGCCUGGCACCCUUCGGUCAGUCUCCAGAAGGUCUAAGACCUUUUGGCGAGUCUCCGGCGGGCAUGGCGCCCCACGGUGUAGUGCCAGGGGGCCUCCACCCCCACGGGCUGUCUCCUCAAGGCUAUGGAAGAGGAGCCAAAUUGCCCAGCCAAAAUAAGACGGCCAUCAACACCACCGCCACCCAGGACAACGGUACCGGCCUGACCUUCGUGGACGCGACGGUAGUGGAGGGAGGCGCAGACGCCAACAGCACCGUCGGAUACGUGGUUGAGGAGCCCAACGUGAGACGUAGCAGGCUGGAGGAGAAGACUCCAGACGGGUUCAUCAUCGGGGAGUACCGCGUGGUGGAUCACAGCACCGGCGACGUGAACGGUGUCCGAUACACUGCUGACGGCACCGCCGACCCUCACCUCAUCUACGAGACUCUCAUGAAGUUCCUGGAGUUGUAAGGUAACAAGUAACAGGUGCUCCUGGCCCGCCCGCUUGUUCUUAUACCUGACACCACACCCUCGCCUCCCACCACCCUCCGCACAGACACACCUGCAAUAUCACACACCGUUAAUCAACACUCACACACCUGCUGAACCCAAAAGUAUUCGCGCAUUAAAAAAAAUCCGCCAGAGUUGCCCCAAGACACCUCACCACUCACUCACCUCCUAUAUAAUGAACCUUUACGCUCUAUAUCUUAUUCUAUAUUAAUUUAUAUCCUUAAAAAAUAACAAAAAGAUAAUAUUGGAAUUAUACGUCAUAAAAAAUAUAAACUUUCAAAAUAUUUUGACAAUCUGCGGCAUUUAAUAGAAUAUAUGAGUGAAUUAGGAGGGGUUGGUGGUGGGGCGGCGGGAGGGAGGAGGUGGCGCUGUGUGUGGGAGUCACCUGAGUGUGUGUGUACGUGUAGCAUCGGUUGUCGCUAUUUAUUUGAACGGUAUUUAUGAGUCAACUCAUUUUUCCCCUCCACUAGAGUCAUCUCACUGUAACAUUAAUAAACUCUAUUGAAUUAAGUCAUAUUUCAUGUUAACAGAUAAUUGGUAUCUAUAGAUAAUCCUCUUCAUUUAGAUUAAUAAUAAAAAUGACCAUCCUUAAAGCCAUAGAUCGUUUAGUUAGCGACAAAUAUAUAUAUACGGAUGUUGGAUACACUAAACUCCGGUUAUAGUGGCCGGAUGCUGCCUAUACCGUACCGUCUUAUCUGUGAUGUUUAUAUAUUGUGAUGCUCAGCCUAUGUAGAAGACACUAUAUCGUUACCACAGUGUGUGUGUGUGACUCAUAGUAGUACUGUGUGUUUACGAGAAGCUCACUCCUUCAUGGUUAGUUGCCAAGGUCUGUUGUGUUUAGUUGGUGUUUAUGAUCGCCUGUGUUGAGAUGAUGUUUGCCUUGCAGUGGACACGUUCAGGAGGUACGAACUGACGUCACGGCCACCUCACGACUAUCACUGACGUCAUAACCAUCACCAACGUCACGACCACCUCACGAUUAUCACUGACGUCAUAACCAUCACCAACGUCACGGCCACCUCACGACUAUCACUGACGUCACCUCCACCUCAUGACUAUCACUGACGCCAUGACCACUAUCAAUGACAUCACGGUCACCUCAAUGACCACAAAACAGGGUCCGGUUCUUACAAAUUUACUGGCUAAAUUCCUUUUCUAAGACAGUGAGAGUCGUAUUUUACCGGUUCAUUAAAGUAACGAGACAGAGAGAGACAGCUGCCAGGACGUAAUUGACAUUUUUGACGACAUUCUACCGUAACUCAGUGAAAUUUGUAAAACACCAGAGGGAAAACUUACGACUCUUACAUGAAUUCAGUUUCUGAGGUCGACGUCACCAAAAAGAUUCGUAAUGAUAUUUUUCGCCCUUAAAAUAAUACAAUAAAAAACUAGAUAUGUGGUAAAGUUUUUAAGUCUAAUAUCAACACCUUUUGGGGGCGUCAACUGUGCGUGCUGUAGGUCAGGUGAGCCCCUGAAAUAAUAUUCCAUGGUCUUCAUUUUAGGGAGAAACUUAACACACGAACAAAACCCGGGACGCUGUAUUGUGUGUUACGUGUGUACUAGAGUGAGUCUCACUUAUUUUAACUCACUGAAAGUUUGGGCAUUACUGUGUUAACGAUAAAUGUUGCACAACGUUCAGUAGACACAUCAGCCUCUGACGACACCAGUAUCUCCUGAACGAGAGCCUCAAGAGACUUAACAACAACAUCAUUAUACAGCAGGAGUCUUGUAAACACAGCCUGGAGAAAUUUGUUCAAGGCUCACUUAAUAUCUCCCCCCCUCCCCUCCCUUAAGGAUGAGAGUAACUUGUCCCCCAGUGUCGGCCUGUGUCUUCCAGCCCACACUUGAAGACCUGUGUGUGUGUCUUUGUUGACUCUCUCUC